AUGGCAUCAGAACCUGUAAAUGUGAAGGAUUUCCAAGAAUUGGCUUAACAAGUCCUUCCAAAGAUGUACUAUGAUUUCUAUACAGGAGGAGCUGAGGAUGAAUACACACUGAAGGAGAAUGGGGAAGCAUUUCAAAGAAUCAUGAUACGGCCUAGAAUUCUUGUAGAUGUUAGCAGAAUAGAUAUGUCAAUUACUGUGUUGGGCUACAAAAUCUCAGCUCCUAUAAUGGUUGCUCCAACUUCUAUGCAACAAUUAGCACACCCUGAAGGAGAGGUUGCCACAACAAGAGCAGCCGCAGCAUGCAACACCAUAAUGAUUCUAUCCUGCAUGUCUACCAGCACUGUGGAGGAGGUUGCUUCCAGCUGCAAUGCUGUUCGCUUCUUUCAGUUAUAUGUUUUUAAGAGACGAGAUAUAUCGGCUCAGCUAGUUCGGAGAGCUGAAAAAGGUGGAUUCGAAGCUAUUGUCCAAACAGUUUAUUCUCCUAGGCUUGGUCGAAGGGAGGCAGACAUAAAGAAUAAAAUGGUUACACCUCAGUUGAAGAAUUUUGAAGGUCUUUUACCUACUGCAGUAAACUCUAAUGAUGGUUCAGGUCUAGACUUCUGCAAUGAGACCUAUAAUUCUUCUCUCUCUUGGGAGGACAUAGGAUGGUUAAGAUCUAUUACAAGCUUGCCAAUUCUGGUCAAAGGGGUACUCACUCAUGAAGAUGCAAGAAUGGCUGUGGAAGCUGGUUUUGAUGGGAUUGUUGUCUCUAAUCAUGGAGCCCGGCAGCUUGAUUACACUCCUGCCACUAUAUCUGUCCUUGAAAAGGUAAUAACUCGUGCAAUAAAUAUAAUGUUGAAUAAUGAUCUGGGUGAACCAUGGUUGAUCAGGUAGUUCACGCGGCGAGGAACAGACGUCUUCAAGGCAUUAGCCCUCGGUGCAAAAGCUGUACUUAUUGGAAGGCCUAUUAUCUAUGGCCUUGGUGCAAAGGGGGAAUAUGGAGUGAGACGUGUACUUGAACUGAAAAACGAGCUUGAGCUCACCAUGGCUCUUUCUGGCUGUCCUAGACUUGAAGAUAUCACAAGGGGCCAUGUGAGGACACAGCAUGAGAGGCUCCCACUCAAUGCAUUAAUUUGAGCGUUUGAUUUGACUCAAAAAUAAAAGCUAACUAAAACAAGAGAACUCAAACUCUUUGGUUUUCCUUUUUUGUUUUGUAUUGUAUUUUUUUUUUUUUAAGAGGUUUUACUUUGGUCAUGUUUAUUGGGUUGUGUUUUAUGUUCUUGUUCAGUAUGUAAGAUUGUAUUAUAUUAGAUUGGAUUGGUACAUAUUGUAUUGUAUUGGAUUGCAUUAAAAUGUAUUGUAUCAAGC